AUGUCAGCAUUAAAAAACUUUGCAUAUAAAGAAGAUGAGGAUGGUGAGUUGCCAACAUUAGUAACAGGGCAAGAAUCAAAUAUUAAAAGUAUUUUGGAGAAUACAAAGAAUGACGUUACAACAAGUUUUGUAAGUGAUGCAAAGAUGGAAAGGGCGAAUAAACAAGUGGAAGAUGAAGAAAUUAUUAAGCAGAAAGCAAAUAGGGCAAAUGAUGAAUUACAAGAUGCCCAGAAACUUGAGUCUGUCACUAAAAAAAUACCAGUAUCUGUGAUUACGGGUUACUUAGGUUCAGGUAAAUCAACAUUACUAGAACAGAUUGCAUUGAAAGGUUCUGAUAAAAAGAUAGCAGUGAUUUUAAAUGAGUUUGGAGACUCAAGUGAAAUUGAAAAAGCAAUGAAGAUUAGAAACGGGUCAAGUGCCUAUGAGGAAUGGUUGGAUUUGGGAAAUGGUUGUCUAUGCUGUUCAUUAAAAAAUGUGGGAGUCAAAGCAAUUGAAGAUAUGGUUUUACGAUCACCAGGGAAAAUUGAUUACAUUCUAUUAGAGACGUCAGGCAUUGCUGAUCCAGCACCAAUUGCAAAAAUGUUUUGGCAAGAUGAAGGUUUGAAUAGUUGUGUAUAUUUAGAUGGUAUCAUCACUGUUUUAGAUGCGGAAAACAUCUUAAAAUGUUUGGAUGAUGUCUCCCCUGAUACGCACUGGCAUGGUGAAAAGGUUCUGAUGGAGAAUAACCUAACUAUAGCGCAUUUUCAAAUUGCCAUGGCUGAUAGAAUUUUACUUAAUAAAAUGGAUAGGGUAGAAGGUUCCCCAGAUAGUUCAGAAACAGUAAAAGUUUUAGAGGAUAGAAUAAGACAAAUCAAUGCAGUGGCACCAAUUUAUCAUACUAAAUACGGUGAUACAGCCUUAGAAUAUCUGUUGGACAUACAUGCUUAUGAUAAUUCAGUGAUUAAUGAGACAAACAUUUAUGAAGAAUUAAAAAUGUCUAGACCAACAUUGCAUGAUCCUAGGAUGAAUACAGUAGCACUAACAUUUAGACCAUUAAAAAAUGAAGAAGAGUACUCACAUUUCCUUAAAAACUUUUUACAACCAUUGUUAUGGAGAUUCGUAGGUGUCACUGACGAACCCGCUAAUUUCAAAUCUCAUUACAACGAUGAUGAUGAAUGGGAGGUUCAGAGAACUAAAGGUUUGAUAAUCAUCGAACAUCUUAAAACUGAUUCAACAGCAGUGAAGAUCAUUCAAGGUGUAAGAGAAACGUACGAUAUCACAGAUGGUGAAUUAAGACCAGGUAUUGCUGAAUGCAAAUUAGUUUUUAUUGGAAAAUAUUUAGAGAAAACAUAUUUCGAGUCGUUGUUAAAAAAAGUAUUGGGAUAA